GGUCACGUGGCGCACGGCGGCGGGAUGGUGGAGCAGGAGGGCGGCGGCUCGGGCGGCAUCAGCGAGGAGGAGGCGGCGCAGUAUGACCGGCAGAUCCGGCUGUGGGGGCUGGAGGCGCAGCGCCGGCUGCGAGCAUCCCGGGUGCUGCUGGUUGGCAUGAAGGGCCUGGGAGCAGAAGUGGCAAAGAACCUCAUCUUGGCAGGGGUCAAAGGCCUGACCAUGCUAGACCAUCAGCAGGUAUCGCAGCAGGACACUAGAGCUCAGUUCCUGAUUCCCGUGGGCUCGCUGGGCCGCAACAGAGCCGAAGCCUCUUUGGAACGGGCUCAGAACCUCAACCCCAUGGUAGAUGUGAAAGCUGACCCGGAGAAUAUCGAAAACAAAGCCGAAGAUUUCUUUACUCAGUUUGAUGCUGUGUGCCUGACGUGCUGCUCCCGCUGCGUCAUGGUGAAGGUCGAUCAGAUCUGCCACAGAAACGGCAUCAAGUUCUUCACCGGGGACAUCUUUGGCUACUAUGGCUACAUGUUCGCCAACCUGGGGGCACACGAGUUUGUGGAAGAGAAGACCAAGGUCACCAAAGCCAGCCAGGGAGUGGAAGACGGGCCCGACACCAAAAAAGCCAAGCUUGAUUCAACAGAGACAACCAUGGUGAAAAAGCGGGUGGUUUUCUGCCAGCUGAAGGAAGCGCUGGCAGUCGACUGGAGCAGUGAGAAGGCAAAGGCAGCCCUGAAGCGCACCGCCCCGGACUACUUCCUGCUCCAGGUGCUGCUGAAGUUCCGGGCGGAUAAAGGGAGGGACCCGUUGCCAGAGAGCUAUGCCGAAGACGCCGAGCUUCUGCUGCAGAUGAGAAAUGAGGUGCUGGACUCCCUGGGCGUCGGUGCGGGCCUGCUGCCCGAUGACUUCGUCAGGCCCUCUCCCAGCGGGAUCCACCCCACAACAACUUCUUCUUCUUCGAUGGCAUCAAAGGGAACGGGGUCGUUGAGUGCUUGGGUCCCCACUGAGCCUGGAGCCAGCGCGUUGGCCUGCAGCUUCAGUUCACCACCCGGUGCCCCUGGAGCCUCCCUGCAGUGCCUGGCCAGCUGUAGCGUGGUGCCGCUGGAGCCUGCUUGCACCACAUUCCCCUCCAGCCACCACAGGCAUGGCCCCCACGCGUGCUGCGGGGCGCAGCCCUGUGCCGGGGCAGUGGGAUGGGGAUAUAGCAAUCCCUCUGUGUUCUCCUGGGCUCUCGAAUAAACUCUCUUCUUCCCA